AUGAAGUGCAUAGUGACGAUGAAUCUCUACUUUCCAGGCGAUCACUGCGGGAGGCCGCGACCGCGUCGCGGCUCAUCCACACAGAAGAAAGAUCUGAAAAGCAAGCGGCCACGUCAGCGCCGCUCGACAACACGAGGCAGCAGGUCGAGGCGGAGUAAAUCCUCCAAACGACGGGACAGCAGCCACGACGCGACGGUGGCUGUCGUUGGAAGAGACGCCGUCCUACGGUCUGUUGCGGAAAGUAAUCUUCCUUUUGUCACUGGUGCCACGGUGACCGGGGCACAGCCAUGUAUGGUAACCGGGCUGAUCGGGGAACAGGCGGGGGGAAGGCCUCACAUGGCAGUUGCAGAUGCGGUCUCCCAAUGCCAGGGCAACGGAGACCGAUCGCCUUCGGAGUCGCUUUCAGUCGAUCUGGAGUUUGAAGGUCAGCUUGAGAUUCGUCAACUAGCGCCAGUUUCGAAAGCCCGCCCGAGAGCUGGAGACUCACCUACUGGCAAGGGUCACGAGUCGCCAGUCUCUCCCGUAGAAAAUGACUGUGGCGCAGCUUCCACACCAGUCAUUCACAGCCAAACUCGAAAACUCUCGGCAGCCUCACACGAAACUGACCACGCGAGAGAAUCAUCUGCGGUGGCCCGAGAAGAGCGACUGUCGGUUCAGAGGGAAGCGCCGCGCCGCGGGACCAGAGUUGCGUCAUCCAGCAAAUCUGGCGCCGUCAAGAGUCCGGACACAUCAGGGUUCCAAACCGUGAACUUGCAGGCUGAACUGGAUUUUAAACACGUGGGUGAACACCAAGUCGUGAGGCGCGAUAUAACAUUUAAGAAGCCGGUUCAUUCUGGAAUGCGUGUCAAUGUUGAAUCCAAGUUUACCUUUAAUCAUGUGAAGAGAAGCGAAGUGGAUGGGGUUGCAGUGGACAGUCGCAGCGGACCCCGCGAACGGGGCAAUAAGGUGGACAGUCGUGCUGUCCAGUUCAGAAAGAAUAUUGAUUUCAGUGGAGAUGGCCGUGCCAAGGUUGCCACAAGCUCGGCAAAGUGCCGGAGGUCUCCAGCGUCCGUCUUCGUUUUAAGAGAUCCGAGUGAAAAACCAAAGUCGAUGCCUCGGCCGCGUCCGCGGCGUCCAAAGGUGGCAGCGAUUACCUCCGGUCAACGCCAAUCGGACAUCUCUAGCGCUGACCGAGUUUCGCCUGGACCGCCUAGCGAUGGCCCUCAGCCCUCCCAUCGCAUCACUGAUGAGGUAUUCCCGACUGAUGACUCAGCUACCCGCACUCUCGCGAAACAAACUGCCGAACACCUUACGCCAUGCCACGAAGUGAACAACGACAAUGACCAGGAAACCCAUGCGGAGAACACCUCCAUGCUCAUCUCCUCAGAUGCUGCAGACCCAGAACCCCCACAUGCGCCAGCCAGCACGCGAGAUGAUACUGAGAAGCCAGGCGCCCACGCCAUUAGUUCCGCCAGAGGCUCCCACCGGAGCGACCACACCUAUCCACCCACAGAUGAGCGCCGAAAAACCUCCAGUCCCUCAACGGUGCUGCCGUUGGUGAAGGGCCUGGGAGCGAAGGGGUUGGAGGGGAAGGGCGUGCCUAUCGCGAAGAAGGCGUUGCCUGGAACUCCUGCGCCGAAGAGCGAGGGCGAGGCGAAGGAGGAGCCGAAGGGUGAAGACGCCGCUAAGGCUGCGGACGUGCCGAAGGGUGCGGAGGUCGCAAAAAGUGCGGAGGUCGCAAAGGGUGCGGAUGCUCCGAAGGCGCCGUUGGUGAAGGGCCUGGGAGCGAAGGGGUUGGAGGGGAAGGGCGUGCCUAUCGCGAAGAAGGCGUUGCCUGGAACUCCUGCGCCGAAGAGCGAGGGCGAGGCGAAGGAGGAGCCGAAGGGUGAAGACGCCGCUAAGGCUGCGGACGUGCCGAAGGGUGCGGAGGUGGCAAAAAGUGCGGAGGUCGCAAAGGGUGCGGAUGCUCCGAAGGCGCCGUUGGUGAAGGGCCUGGGAGCGAAGGGGUUGGAGGGGAAGGGCGUGCCUAUCGCGAAGAAGGCGUUGCCUGGAACUCCUGCGCCGAAGAGCGAGGGCGAGGCGAAGGAGGAGCCGAAGGGUGAAGACGCAGCUAGGGCUGCGGACGUGCCGAAGGGUGCGGAGGUCGCAAAAAGUGCGGAGGUCGCAAAGGGUGCGGAUGCUCCGAAGGCGCCGUUGGUGAAGGGCGUGGGAGCGAAGGGGUUGGAGGGGAAGGGCGUGCCUAUCGCGAAGAAGGCGUUGCCUGGAACUCCUGCGCCGAAGAGCGAGGGCGAGGCGAAGGAGGAGCCGAAGGGUGAAGACGCCGCUAAGGCUGCGGACGUGCCGAAGGGUGCGGAGGUCGCAAAAAGUGCGGAGGUCGCAAAGGGUGCGGAUGCUCCGAAGGCGCCGUUGGUGAAGGGCGUGGGAGCGAAGGGGUUGGAGGGGAAGGGCGUGCCUAUCGCGAAGAAGGCGUUGCCUGGAACUCCUGCGCCGAAGAGCGAGGGCGAGGCGAAGGCGGAGCCGAAGGGUGAAGACGCCGCUAAGGCUGCGGACGUGCCGAAGGGUGCGGAGGUCGCAAAAAGUGCGGAGGUCGCAAAGGGUGCGGAUGCUCCGAAGGCGCCGUUGGUGAAGGGCCUGGGAGCGAAGGGGUUGGAGGGGAAGGGCGUGCCUAUCGCGAAGAAGGCGUUGCCUGGAACUCCUGCGCCGAAGAGCGAGGGCGAGGCGAAGGAGGAGCCGAAGGGUGAAGACGCCGCUAAGGCUGCGGACGUGCCGAAGGGUGCGGAGGUGGCAAAAAGUGCGGAGGUCGCAAAGGGUGCGGAUGCUCCGAAGGCGCCGUUGGUGAAGGGCCUGGGAGCGAAGGGGUUGGAGGGGAAGGGCGUGCCUAUCGCGAAGAAGGCGUUGCCUGGAACUCCUGCGCCGAAGAGCGAGGGCGAGGCGAAGGAGGAGCCGAAGGGUGAAGACGCCGCUAAGGCUGCGGACGUGCCGAAGGGUGCGGAGGUCGCAAAAAGUGCGGAGGUCGCAAAGGGUGCGGAUGCUCCGAAGGCGCCGUUGGUGAAGGGCCUGGGAGCGAAGGGGUUGGAGGGGAAGGGCGUGCCUAUCGCGAAGAAGGCGUUGCCUGGAACUCCUGCGCCGAAGAGCGAGGGCGAGGCGAAGGAGGAGCCGAAGGGUGAAGACGCCGCUAAGGCUGCGGACGUGCCGAAGGGUGCGGAGGUCGCAAAAAGUGCGGAGGUCGCAAAGGGUGCGGAUGCUCCGAAGGCGCCGUUGGUGAAGGGCCUGGGAGCGAAGGGGUUGGAGGGGAAGGGCGUGCCUAUCGCGAAGAAGGCGUUGCCUGGAACUCCUGCGCCGAAGAGCGAGGGCGAGGCGAAGGAGGAGCCGAAGGGUGAAGACGCCGCUAAGGCUGCGGACGUGCCGAAGGGUGCGGAGGUCGCAAAAAGUGCGGAGGUCGCAAAGGGUGCGGAUGCUCCGAAGGCGCCGUUGGUGAAGGGCCUGGGAGCGAAGGGGUUGGAGGGGAAGGGCGUGCCUAUCGCGAAGAAGGCGUUGCCUGGAACUCCUGCGCCGAAGAGCGAGGGCGAGGCGAAGGAGGAGCCGAAAGGUGAAGAUGCCGCUAAGGCUGCGGACGUGCCGAAGGGUGCGGAGGUCGCAAAAAGUGCGGAGGUCGCAAAGGGUGCGGAUGCUCCGAAGGCGCCGUUGGUGAAGGGCCUGGGAGCGAAGGGGUUGGAGGGGAAGGGCGUGCCUAUCGCGAAGAAGGCGUUGCCUGGAACUCCUGCGCCGAAGAGCGAGGGCGAGGCGAAGGAGGAGCCGAAGGGUGAAGACGCCGCUAAGGCUGCGGACGUGCCGAAGGGUGCGGAGGUCGCAAAAAGUGCGGAGGUCGCAAAGGGUGCGGAUGCUCCGAAGGCGCCGUUGGUGAAGGGCCUGGGAGCGAAGGGGUUGGAGGGGAAGGGCGUGCCUAUCGCGAAGAAGGCGUUGCCUGGAACUCCUGCGCCGAAGAGCGAGGGCGAGGCGAAGGAGGAGCCGAGGGGUGAAGACGCCGCUAAGGCUGCGGACGUGCCGAAGGGUGCGGAGGUCGCAAAAAGUGCGGAGGUCGCAAAGGGUGCGGAUGCUCCGAAGGCGCCGUUGGUGAAGGGCGUGGGAGCGAAGGGGUUGGAGGGGAAGGGCGUGCCUAUCGCGAAGAAGGCGUUGCCUGGAACUCCUGCGCCGAAGAGCGAGGGCGAGGCGAAGGAGGAGCCGAAGGGUGAAGAUGCCGCUAAGGCUGCGGACGUGCCGAAGGGUGCGGAGGUGGCAAAAAGUGCGGAGGUCGCAAAGGGUGCGGAUGCUCCGAAGGCGCCGUUGGUGAAGGGCGUGGGAGCGAAGGGGUUGGAGGGGAAGGGCGUGCCUAUCGCGAAGAAGGCGUUGCCUGGAACUCCUGCGCCGAAGAGCGAGGGCGAGGCGAAGGAGGAGCCGAAGGGUGAAGACGCCGCUAAGGCUGCGGACGUGCCGAAGGGUGCGGAGGUGGCAAAAAGUGCGGAGGUCGCAAAGGGUGCGGAUGCUCCGAAGGCGCCGUUGGUGAAGGGCGUGGGAGCGAAGGGGUUGGAGGGGAAGGGCGUGCCUAUCGCGAAGAAGGCGUUGCCUGGAACUCCUGCGCCGAAGAGCGAGGGCGAGGCGAAGGAGGAGCCGAAGGGUGAAGACGCCGCUAAGGCUGCGGACGUGCCGAAGGGUGCGGAGGUGGCAAAAAGUGCGGAGGUCGCAAAGGGUGCGGAUGCUCCGAAGGCGCCGUUGGUGAAGGGCCUGGGAGCGAAGGGGUUGGAGGGGAAGGGCGUGCCUAUCGCGAAGAAGGCGUUGCCUGGAACUCCUGCGCCGAAGAGCGAGGGCGAGGCGAAGGAGGAGCCGAAGGGUGAAGACGCCGCUAAGGCUGCGGACGUGCCGAAGGGUGCGGAGGUCGCAAAAAGUGCGGAGGUCGCAAAGGGUGCGGAUGCUCCGAAGGCGCCGUUGGUGAAGGGCGUGGGAGCGAAGGGGUUGGAGGGGAAGGGCGUGCCUAUCGCGAAGAAGGCGUUGCCUGGAACUCCUGCGCCGAAGAGCGAGGGCGAGGCGAAGGAGGAGCCGAAGGGUGAAGAUGCCGCUAAGGCUGCGGACGUGCCGAAGGGUGCGGAGGUCGCAAAAAGUGCGGAGGUCGCAAAGGGUGCGGAUGCUCCGAAGGCGCUGUUGGUGAAGGGCCUGGGAGCGAAGGGGUUGGAGGGGAAGGGCGUGCCUAUCGCGAAGAAGGCGUUGCCUGGAACUCCUGCGCCGAAGAGCGAGGGCGAGGCGAAGGAGGAGCCGAAGGGUGAAGACGCCGCUAAGGCUGCGGACGUGCCGAAGGGUGCGGAGGUCGCAAAAAGUGCGGAGGUCGCAAAGGGUGCGGAUGCUCCGAAGGCGCCGUUGGUGAAGGGCCUGGGAGCGAAGGGGUUGGAGGGGAAGGGCGUGCCUAUCGCGAAGAAGGCGUUGCCUGGAACUCCUGCGCCGAAGAGCGAGGGCGAGGCGAAGGAGGAGCCGAAGGGUGAAGACGCCGCUAAGGCUGCGGACGUGCCGAAGGGUGCGGAGGUCGCAAAAAGUGCGGAGGUCGCAAAGGGUGCGGAUGCUCCGAAGGCGCCGUUGGUGAAGGGCCUGGGAGCGAAGGGGUUGGAGGGGAAGGGCGUGCCUAUCGCGAAGAAGGCGUUGCCUGGAACUCCUGCGCCGAAGAGCGAGGGCGAGGCGAAGGAGGAGCCGAAGGGUGAAGAUGCCGCUAAGGCUGCGGACGUGCCGAAGGGUGCGGAGGUCGCAAAAAGUGCGGAGGUCGCAAAGGGUGCGGAUGCUCCGAAGGCGCUGUUGGUGAAGGGCCUGGGAGCGAAGGGGUUGGAGGGGAAGGGCGUGCCUAUCGCGAAGAAGGCGUUGCCUGGAACUCCUGCGCCGAAGAGCGAGGGCGAGGCGAAGGAGGAGCCGAAGGGUGAAGACGCCGCUAAGGCUGCGGACGUGCCGAAGGGUGCGGAGGUCGCAAAAAGUGCGGAGGUCGCAAAGGGUGCGGAUGCUCCGAAGGCGCUGUUGGUGAAGGGCCUGGGAGCGAAGGGGUUGGAGGGGAAGGGCGUGCCUAUCGCGAAGAAGGCGUUGCCUGGAACUCCUGCGCCGAAGAGCGAGGGCGAGGCGAAGGAGGAGCCGAAGGGUGAAGACGCCGCUAAGGCUGCGGACGUGCCGAAGGGUGCGGAGGUCGCAAAAAGUGCGGAGGUCGCAAAGGGUGCGGAUGCUCCGAAGGCGCCGUUGGUGAAGGGCCUGGGAGCGAAGGGGUUGGAGGGGAAGGGCGUGCCUAUCGCGAAGAAGGCGUUGCCUGGAACUCCUGCGCCGAAGAGCGAGGGCGAGGCGAAGGAGGAGCCGAAGGGUGAAGACGCCGCUAAGGCUGCGGACGUGCCGAAGGGUGCGGAGGUCGCAAAAAGUGCGGAGGUCGCAAAGGGUGCGGAUGCUCCGAAGGCGCCGUUGGUGAAGGGCGUGGGAGCGAAGGGGUUGGAGGGGAAGGGCGUGCCUAUCGCGAAGAAGGCGUUGCCUGGAACUCCUGCGCCGAAGAGCGAGGGCGAGGCGAAGGAGGAGCCGAAGGGUGAAGACGCCGCUAAGGCUGCGGACGUGCCGAAGGGUGCGGAGGUGGCAAAAAGUGCGGAGGUCGCAAAGGGUGCGGAUGCUCCGAAGGCGCCGUUGGUGAAGGGCCUGGGAGCGAAGGGGUUGGAGGGGAAGGGCGUGCCUAUCGCGAAGAAGGCGUUGCCUGGAACUCCUGCGCCGAAGAGCGAGGGCGAGGCGAAGGAGGAGCCGAAGGGUGAAGACGCCGCUAAGGCUGCGGACGUGCCGAAGGGUGCGGAGGUGGCAAAAAGUGCGGAGGUCGCAAAGGGUGCGGAUGCUCCGAAGGCGCCGUUGGUGAAGGGCCUGGGAGCGAAGGGGUUGGAGGGGAAGGGCGUGCCUAUCGCGAAGAAGGCGUUGCCUGGAACUCCUGCGCCGAAGAGCGAGGGUGAGGCGAAGGAGGAGCCGAAGGGUGAAGACGCCGCUAAGGCUGCGGACGUGCCGAAGGGUGCGGAGGUGGCAAAAAGUGCGGAGGUCGCAAAGGGUGCGGAUGCUCCGAAGGCGCCGUUGGUGAAGGGCCUGGGAGCGAAGGGGUUGGAGGGGAAGGGCGUGCCUAUCGCGAAGAAGGCGUUGCCUGGAACUCCUGCGCCGAAGAGCGAGGGCGAGGCGAAGGAGGAGCCGAAGGGUGAAGACGCCGCUAAGGCUGCGGACGUGCCGAAGGGUGCGGAGGUGGCAAAAAGUGCGGAGGUCGCAAAGGGUGCGGAUGCUCCGAAGGCGCCGUUGGUGAAGGGCCUGGGAGCGAAGGGGUUGGAGGGGAAGGGCGUGCCUAUCGCGAAGAAGGCGUUGCCUGGAACUCCUGCGCCGAAGAGCGAGGGCGAGGCGAAGGAGGAGCCGAAGGGUGAAGACGCCGCUAAGGCUGCGGACGUGCCGAAGGGUGCGGAGGUGGCAAAAAGUGCGGAGGUCGCAAAGGGUGCGGAUGCUCCGAAGGCGCCGUUGGUGAAGGGCCUGGGAGCGAAGGGGUUGGAGGGGAAGGGCGUGCCUAUCGCGAAGAAGGCGUUGCCUGGAACUCCUGCGCCGAAGAGCGAGGGCGAGGCGAAGGAGGAGCCGAAGGGUGAAGACGCCGCUAAGGCUGCGGACGUGCCGAAGGGUGCGGAGGUGGCAAAAAGUGCGGAGGUCGCAAAGGGUGCGGAUGCUCCGAAGGCGCCGUUGGUGAAGGGCCUGGGAGCGAAGGGGUUGGAGGGGAAGGGCGUGCCUAUCGCGAAGAAGGCGUUGCCUGGAACUCCUGCGCCGAAGAGCGAGGGCGAGGCGAAGGAGGAGCCGAAGGGUGAAGACGCCGCUAAGGCUGCGGACGUGCCGAAGGGUGCGGAGGUCGCAAAAAGUGCGGAGGUCGCAAAGGGUGCGGAUGCUCCGAAGGCGCCGUUGGUGAAGGGCGUGGGAGCGAAGGGGUUGGAGGGGAAGGGCGUGCCUAUCGCGAAGAAGGCGUUGCCUGGAACUCCUGCGCCGAAGAGCGAGGGCGAGGCGAAGGAGGAGCCGAAGGGUGAAGACGCCGCUAAGGCUGCGGACGUGCCGAAGGGUGCGGAGGUCGCAAAAAGUGCGGAGGUCGCAAAGGGUGCGGAUGCUCCGAAGGCGCCGUUGGUGAAGGGCCUGGGAGCGAAGGGGUUGGAGGGGAAGGGCGUGCCUAUCGCGAAGAAGGCGUUGCCUGGAACUCCUGCGCCGAAGAGCGAGGGCGAGGCGAAGGAGGAGCCGAAGGGUGAAGACGCCGCUAAGGCUGCGGACGUGCCGAAGGGUGCGGAGGUCGCAAAAAGUGCGGAGGUCGCAAAGGGUGCGGAUGCUCCGAAGGCGCCGUUGGUGAAGGGCCUGGGAGCGAAGGGGUUGGAGGGGAAGGGCGUGCCUAUCGCGAAGAAGGCGUUGCCUGGAACUCCUGCGCCGAAGAGCGAGGGCGAGGCGAAGGAGGAGCCGAAGGGUGAAGACGCUGGGAAGGCAGUGGUCUUGGGGAUACCCUCGAAGCCUGGCGCUGGUGCUAAGGCGGCUGAGGCGACUAGUGGGGAUGCGUAA